CCGGGCGCUGGGGGCAGGCGGCGGGGCACUCACCGCCUGCGGAGAAAGGAGAUGUUAUUAUUACACCCCGACGCUCACCGCAGCCUCAGCCCGAGCCCCGGGCCGUGCCUACCUGCAGAAGCCGCCACCUGUGGGAGAAGCGGCGAAAAGCGAAAGCCCUCACCCGCGCGCGGCGCAUGCGCGGCGGGCGGGAGGGAGCGGCCCGUGAGUCAGCGGAGGCCGCCGGGCGCUCCCCGGGCUCGACGCACAUCCGGGUGUCGCGGCGCCUCCCACCGCCGGCUGCCGCCCGCGGUCGGGGGGGGGUGCCGCGCCGCCGGGCCGGGUUUGUCCGAUGCGCAUCGCCGCCCGUUCGGCGGCCGCUGGCGUGCGGCGGGGAGCGGCCGCGCUCCGCCCGAGGUCGCCGCCAUGAUGCCGGCCCUGUCCGCCCCGCGGCGGGGCUGCCGCAGCCUGUACCGGCUGUACGUGCGGUGCCAGGCGGCCCCGCUGCGCCGCGCCUGCCACGGAUGGCAAGCUUCAAUGAAAAGUGGGAGCCUGUUUUGUGUUUUGCCGUGCAAUCGUCUGCCCGUGCAGCUGAUGAGUCAAGUGAGAGUUUAUACCUCCAAUGGUCAGAAAAAAGAUCUCGGAUCAGAGGAUAAAAAUGUCUCUACCCCUGAAGAUGCUGUGCGCAAAGUUGGAACAGGACGAGAUGCUGGCAAUGCAGAUCAAAAGCAGACUUUCCUUAAGGAGCCUAUCCAAGUGAAAGUGAAAGCAGUCCUCAAGAAAAGAGAGUAUGGACCAAAAUACACACAGAACAACUUCAUUACUGGAGUCAGAGCAAUUAAUGAGUUUUGUCUCAAAUCCAGUGAUUUAGAUCAACUGCGGAAAAUUAAACGACGAAGCCCCCAUGAUGACACUGAGACUUUCACUGUGUACCUGAGGUCGGAUGUAGAGGCCAAGUCUCUUGAGGUUUGGGGUAGUCCAGAGGCUCUUGCUAGAGAGAGAAAGCGACGCAAAGAGGCGGAGAUCAAAUACAGAGAAAAUUUGUUUAGAAACCAAAGGCUAUUGAAGGAAUACAGGGAGUUCUUUGGAAAUACUAAGCCACGCUCCAGUGCAGCAGCUAUGUUUUUCAAGGGACCAGGGAAGGUGGUAAUGGUAGCUAUUUGCAUAAAUGGGUUGAAUUUUUUCUUCAAGCUACUUGCUUGGGUUUACACGGGUUCUGCAAGUAUGUUUUCAGAAGCUAUACAUUCUUUAGCAGACACAUGCAACCAGGCAUUGCUAGCUUUGGGCAUCAGUCAGUCUGCAAGGACGCCUGACCCUAGUCAUCCGUAUGGUUUCACAAACAUGCGCUAUAUUGCCUCCCUGAUUAGUGGGGUGGGCAUUUUCAUGAUGGGUGCAGGACUUUCUUGGUAUCACGGGAUCAUGGGCUUACUCCAUCCUCAUCCUAUAGAAUCUCUUCUCUGGGCAUACUGCAUUUUGGCAGGGUCAUUGGUAUCUGAAGGAGCUACCCUUCUUGUUGCUAUAAAUGAAAUCCGCAGGAGUGCUCGAGCCAAGGGUCUGUCAUUUUAUCAAUAUGUCGUGCAGAGUCGUGAUCCGAGCACCAACGUAGUGUUACUGGAAGAUGCUGCAGCAGUUCUAAGCGUGGCUGUAGCUGCUACCUGUAUGGGUCUGACGUCUUUAACAGGAAACCCAUACUAUGACAGCGUGGGGUCUCUUGGUGUUGGGACUUUGCUAGGAACUGUGUCAGCAUUUCUAAUCUACACUAACACUGAAGCCCUGCUGGGACGAUCUAUUCAACCUGAACAACUGCAGCGACUUACUGAGUUACUGGAAAGUGAUCCUGUAGUAAGAGCAAUUCACGAUGUUAAAGCCACAGACAUGGGAAUGAGCAAAGUGAGAUUCAAGGCAGAAGUAGACUUUGAUGGACGGGUUGUUACACGUUCUUACCUGGAGAAACAAGACAUUGAACAGCUGCUACAAGAAAUUCAGCAAGUGAAGACCCUAGAAGAAUUAGAAGCGUUCAUGCUUAAGCAUGGUGAGAAUAUCAUUGACACGCUGGGAGCUGAAGUAGACAGACUUGAGAAGGACCUAAAGCAACGAAAUCCUGAUGUUCGUCACGUGGAUUUGGAGAUACUAUAGACUUAGCAGAAGAAACCUUUAAGUUGAUAGCUAUUUGGGAAGAAGUCAUAUACGUGGCUGAAAAGCUUCUGAAAUGACAGUGACCUCAGCAGCAUACCUCGCUUUAGCUUGCAGGCUUCCCAGACUGUUAGCUCCUUAGACUGCUUCUUUUUCUGGAAGAGCAUUAGAUUUGCAGUCAAAAAUUUCCAUGACAAAUCCACUUGAAAAGCUACUUGACUUAAAUUCUGCUGGAGAAUCUGUCUAUUUACUGCAAUUCAGAACUUCAGACUUGAAGUUUAGAUGGGCAAACGUAACUGCCUGAAAACAUGCAGCACACUUAGUUUUUCCAUUUGUGUCCCUUUGCAGUCAGUUUGCACUUCUUUAGUUUCUUUCAAGAUAUCAUUAAAGGUUCUUGGGAGAUAUUAAGAUUAGCUAUGAUGAGUUUGUUCCAGUGGAACCUGCCAACCUUAAACUAAUAGUUAUAUUUCAGCUGUGUGAUUGUUUCACAGUUUUUCUUUUCUAUGAGAUGAAUUCCUUCGAACAGGCGCUGACCUUCUCUCAAGUAUGGUGACCUGGAAACCUUUUUGCCACCAUUGCAAUUACCAACAGCACAUCAGGAAAAAAAUCAGGUUGUUAUCCUCGGUGGAGUCGGCUGUAUGUGGUCAGCCAGAGGAUAUUGGGAUACUGUGAAGAAAAAAAUGUAGAGGUUUCAGUGAAUUUCCUCUGUUUAAAUUCUGUUCUUUUUUUUUUCCCUACUUCUUCAUUUUUUUCUGUGUGUGUGUAAAUAUCUUCAGAUGUAAUUUGGGAGACACUUAUGGUAGUGUUUAUUGAAAGUUACCUGGCAUUUCUGGCUUUUUAUACUUUUAAUAAGCAGUAUUGCCAAAAAUGGUCAUUGCUAGAAGAUGUAAGAAAUAUAUUUGGAGGUAAUAAUAGUCAAAAGUGUAUUAGAAAUAUUUAUAAUUAAACACUUGAAUACAUUGUAUUUUUUAUUUAUUUACUUGUAGGUAUUUUCCAUUAUCUGAAUUCUAAACUACUUACUCUGUGUUUUUUUUGUUUGUUUGUUUGUUUUUUUAAGAAUUGCCCAUGCUUGUCUGAGAAAGUGAAAGAAUUGUAUCAGUGGUCCUCAACGAUCAUGAGAUAAGUGCCUAGACUUCAUAACUUUGAAACCUGCAAUUCUAGCACUAUACAAAGUCAACUUAAAGGCUUUCUGCAGUGGGCACCCAAGCCCUGCCAGAUUCUUCAAGAACCAGUUGUUUAAUAGAGGCUGUGAUUUGAAAUUUAAGUGAAAUAACUGAGGAAAAUCCUUUGUGCACUUUAAAAUAUUUCAGCAAAAUGAGAAUUCCUCAUGGGUGAGAGGUGGCGUUAAGAGCCUCCUACAAGCGUUGCAGAAAAGAAUAAUUAUGGAAACCAAUAAGUCCAGAUUUGACUAAAAGCUUUUAAUUUUUUUCAUAUUAAACGCAAUUUACCAGUGAAUUAGAAGAAUUUAUACUGGCAUACCUUUUUGCAACUGAGAAGCACUUUGCUUGCUGGUCAUUUUAUGUAGAAGAACAUUCCAGAGGUUGUUUAAAGAUGAGGCAUCACAUAGUCUCUUUAGUAUCCCUGUCCCAUAUUCUUCUUCAUCAGUGGCUUCUUCAUAGCAUAUUAGCUUCUUAUGGCUAAUCCAGAAGGCACCAUUUACCUGUUUGCUCCCAUUGUAGCACCCGUUAGUAUAUUGAAGCCUGAUGAUUUGAAAUAUGUUUAGUGAAAGAUUUUAAAGGCAAUUUUGCAAAUGUACCGUAUCAAGUAAAUACUACUUACUUUAGCACAUUACAAAUCAUUUACCUUUCUCCUCACUCUAUGGUGUGAACUUCAUCUCGACUCAUUAUGCACUCUGCUGAUGUUAGUCUUAUUCAUGAAGAGCACUGGAAUCAGAUAAAUGCAUAACCUCUUUCCUACUUCCUAGAAUAUCUCUAUGGAUUUUGAAUUUGAAUAAACACUUAAAUUGUUAUUCCAGAAAUGUUAAAAACCUGAAGAGGACUAAAACAGGGAAAAUCUUCUUUCUGUGGAGAGGUUGCAGGCAGUCAGUGUGAUGUAAAUGAUUCCUAUGCUGCCAUCAGUGAUGCCAGCAGAAUAAAAAUGUUAUUGUCUGCCACUUUGUUCACUAAGUUAGUAAACAUUACCUAGAUACUGAAGUAUUCCAGUAUCUUUUUAAAGAGCACACAUGAGCUUAUAUUCUUACGGUACAUCUGCUCCUACAGCUUGUAGAAAUGUUUUCUUAUUCAUCAGAGUGUAAUUCAUACGAGUUCUUAAACUGAAUUUCUUUAUCUGAGUCAGAAGUAUACCCGCGUACACAACUUUUGUUUGCGUUGCAAGAAAAAAUAUACAGGUCUUUCCCUCCCAGUUUUAUUAUUGAAUAUAUGAGCACAAUGUGUUAAAUUUAAGAACCUGGUACUUGAAUGCUUUGGAUGGAUCAUAGUUGCAUAGUUUGAGGAUCUAUUUCCAUCCGGAUGGUGGUGUACCACAGAAACGCAGAGAAGUUUUGGCAGUUCCUUAUAAGCUUAUGUAUCUUGUAGUUUGGUGAAAACAUUGACUCAUAGGGCUUGUCAGAUGGGAAAGGUAAGAUAAUUCCAAGUUGUUAUGUUCAUAUAUAUACAUAUAUAGAUAGAUUUGUAGUAUGUUUUUAAAAGUUUUGCUGCUUUACUACUUGAAGAAAAAAAGUUUGAGGUAUGUGGGGCCAGUGCUUAGUUUCCUGUUGGCUUUUCCUUUCCACCAGUGUUCUGCUGGAAAAUGUUUUAUUAAUCCGUUUACAUGAUGGGAUCCUCAGAAUUGAAGAGUAAGAAGAGUGGAGGAGCAGACUUUUUUUUCAUCGUCAGAAAUACAAUUACACGAUGACUCUUUUGCGUGGCUUUUAAGCAGUACUUAAGGAGUGGGGAUUUUGCUAACAAUGAAGUUAUAUUCUACUUUUUUUUUUUCAAUUAAUGUUUAGUCUUCUAAAUAAAAAUCUGUAAAACCUGUGCUAUUUGAAAAGGAUUGUCUUAGUAUUCCAAUAUAUUGAGUGAUCGGAAUGUAUUUUAAGUCAAAGUUGGCUGUAUGCUGGUACAUGUUUUCCUUAAAAAUUUAGUUUUCAGUAAGAUAAGGAUAAGAUUCUGAAGUGAUUAUCUUUGCUCUCAUGAAUCAGUUUAAAGCCUGAAUUGUUUAUAUGUUGUGGAACUCAGCUUUCGUGUCAUGCCCACAGCCUCCCUUUUCUAAAGCAUUUGGUUAAGUGUGUUGCUGGCAUUCUGAUUCUACUAAGUGAAGCUUUUUCAGUUAUAUCCACAGGCCAGAUUUUUGAUGACAGAUUUUUAUUGCCCUCCCCUUGAAAAGGAGAGAGUACAGGGAAAAGGGCUUUAGAUUUUUUUUGCCAAGGCAAUGCGCUGCUUGCAAUUCCAUGUUCCCCUUAUUUGUUGUCAUUUAAGCUGACUUCUUUUUUCCUUAGAAAAACACAAACAUGGAAGUACCGUAGUGAGAUAUGGGCUGCCUGCAAAGAGUUUUUAGUCCUGCAAUUAAAAAAAAUUCUCAGUUUAAGCAAUCCUUUUUCUAAAGAUGAUCUGGAUGCGUUUCUCACAAAGGAAUCCACAGAAGCAUAUUGUCUAAGAGUUGAAAGAAAAGGAUGUCAUUUGGUGGUCAUGUUCUGAUGGCAUUUUGGUUUGAUGGUGUAGGACAAUUGAUUACUAUUGGCUCCUGUGCUGCAACCAAACUUCUGUACGCGCUUAAAAGCUUACACAGCAGAAGUGAAUAUAGAACGAAAAUGCAAUUUUUUCCUAGCUUAAAUAUUGUGCUGCUAUUGUUAAUUCUGAAUAGAGAAUACAACAUCUUUUGCAGUUUUGCUGCUUGGUGUAAGCAAGAAGUUGAGAUGUACUGAAAAGAUUUUUUGUGGGAGUUGUGUAGCUUAAAUAAUUUUUCCUUUCUUGUUGGUGAGAACAGAAUAAUGAAGAUCAGAAGAAAACUGUAGCAGUAUUACGUAUAAAAAGAAAUAGGAUUCCAGGCUUUACAGCACAAUAGUCUGAUUUCUGAAAGCUGUCCCUUAAGGAACAUGAAACAUGCCCUGUGGUUAUAUGGGCAGUAGAAACUGCAGCCAGUCAGUCUUCGUUCUCAGGCUGAAGCAAAAGAAAAGAUAUUCCAACAAACGUGUGGUACAAAGAAGAGAAUACAAGAUGCUGAGCAUUUGGGAGUGGGAAGAGGUCAACACGAUCUAAAAAACGUGGCCAGAAGUAGGAAAUGAUGAUCAGAGAAGAACAGUUGGAAAUGGCAUUUGAUUAGAAGACAUAAAAUGACAUAGGAUAACAUUUUCUUUUUAGCAAUAUUAAGAGAGUUGGCUGAUUUCCUCCCCCCCCCCCCCCCCCUCACCCAUCCCCCAGAAGUGAAAACUCACACAAUCAUAGCAAACUUGAUACUCAGGGGAUGGUAUAAUCUCAGCUGGAAGCUUUGUUGAGGAAGUGUGCGCUAGGUGAGUGGCGGUGAAGUACUUUUAAUUGUGGAAGUGGGUGCUGGAGUGCGUUAAAGUGAAAAUGAUUGAGACACCAUGCUGAAAUAUUGAAGAAGUGCAGCGUUGUAAGGACUGCAAAACUGUUGCAGUGGCCUGCGACCAUUGUUGAAUAUAUUAGUCUGUAUUUUCAGGUUGUUUACAUGUCUGUGGAUAUGCAAGAUUUCUGGAUAAAUCAUCAUGCUCUGCAAGGGAGCUAAAGAGAACUUCCAAGCGGUAAUACGAAGAGGACGUACAUUUUAUAAAGCUCCACUGAAUACAAAAUAUAGCAGAUCUGGAGCAAAUCGGUGUUCUCAAGGACAAUUUCUUUGUAAAAGCACUUAUUAAAAUAUAAGGUCUUGGUUACUUCUCAGAAGUGUCAGACUAAGAGUAAGCCUGGUCGUACUUCUGUAUUAUCAGUGUUCGUAGCGCUGUUACGGGGACAAGGUGUCUACUAAAAUAGUGAAAUACAACUCCACACUAAUAUAAACUAAGUUCGAUUUUUGCAACUUAGGCUGUACUUAAAGCAUUUGAAGUUGUGAUCAGCUGCUGAUCUGAAGACAGAAGAAAAAAUUAUGCAAUGUUGUGUAAAUGAUGUAAAUACAAAGCUUUUUGUAAGUUUCUCUUCAAAGUAAAGACACUGCAAAAGGAUGCAAGGUGAAGUGUCUGAAAAAUGUCCGAAGCCUUUGGAAGGUGCGUUGGUUAUUGCCAAAACUGCCAGAAAGUCUGGAAGCCAACAGUGAGGAUAUUCAUUGGUGGUAGAACUUUCAAAGGGCGGUCUUAACAUUGAAACAUGUUUUUCCGUGCAGCCUCUUAAUCGAAAUCAUUCUGUUACCCUUCUGCACCCUUCUGAUGCUUGCUGGUGUGCUGGCUUUUUCAUUCUCUCUUGGUUACUUCAUAUUAGUAAAGAGAAGUCAGUUUGAUUUGUGAGGUGUAGAUAUUUAUCUGCGUAUGUUUUCUCAUGUAAUUAUGAUUGAAUUUGGUACAUCUUGUAAAAUGUCUGGAAGCUGUAAUUAUUCAGUAAAAUGUUCCAUAGCUGGUAAA